UUAUAGCCUUAGCUUAAACACGCACAAAAAUAACAUACAAUCGGUCAUAUUUUCUAACUUCCAUACUAUUCCAAACUCCCAAGGAUAACAGUGAAACAUGUAUUUCGUAUAUAAAGAGUUUGUGAAAUACAAGCUACAAAGACAAGUAUCGCUGUAGUGUAUUUGAUACGAUUAUAACCACUCACUUCAUAUCAGGUAAAACACAGUGUGUUACGCACAAAGUGUGCUAGAUUAUGACACUUAUAUUUUAUCAGCUAUAUAUUAUCAAUAACGUGACUGACGACGUGUAACAAAAGUAUACCGAUAGGAGAAGAUCUCGACAAAAAUAUCAUUUUUAUCUGAGAGCAUCAUCGUGAGACAAUGGAGUGUGCCACACAUACAGGUGAGAAAGUGUUCGUGGUGUGUAAAUCAUGUGACAGGAUCCCCUUUGUCUGUGGAGUUUGCCUUGAAGAGGAGCAUGCAGAGCACAAACUACAGACAUUGAGGAACGCCGCUCAGUCUAUCCGACAGAAUCUGGAACAGGUAGAAACCGAGAAUGGUCAGGUGUUUAAAGAAAUCAAAUCGGAUCUAGAUGGUCUAACCGAAAUCAGAGAGGAUCUGAAACAGGAUGCUUCUAACAUAGAUGAUGAGAUAGCGAAACGUGCUGAUAUUAUCAGAAGUAAAAUCGACGAAGUCAACACGGAAGUAAUACAGAAACACAUAACGGAACUCGGUAAGAACGCGGAGUCCAUUGACAGAACGAAGGAAACUCUGAAACAACAGGUGUCCCAAAUAGACACGUUCAAGAUGAAGGUAGCUUAGCUACAAAAGAUGACCGACUACGUAGACGUUAUUAAGUUGGGAAGGGAUGUGGAGGUGCCGGAUACCAACCGCGUCCCCAGACCGGACAUACAAGUCCUAAUAUUCAUUCCCGGGGGUAUCAGGGAGGGAGAACUGAAACGAUUGUUUGGAGGUAUUAAAGGGGCAUUUGAUAACGGUAACAAUGACGCUACUACGGUCACAUGUGAUGACAGGGCAGAGGGGAAUGACGAUAAAACCAACAUGUCUGACUUUGUUGGCUCGAUUAAAAGAGAAGCAUGCAUCAAACUAACACCAAUUGCCUCUUUUAAUCACUCUAAACAUGAUGGUAUACAUGCUAUGUUUUGUCCUGGAUCAGGAACUGGCUUGUUUAAAUUUGAGGGUAAAAACAGUGUCAAACUUUGCAACAGAUCCGGAAAUAUUAAAGCAGCUAUCAAUCUAGGAACUAAGACUGAAGGAUUUACUGUCACUUCAGAUAACAGGCUACUAUUCUGUUGUACAAGUCAGCAGUGUAUCAAGGAGAUGGAGCUGCCUAAUGGCGAUAUUACAGAGACGUUCAGCACUAGUCCACUGACACCUAGCUAUAUAUGUACAGGUCCGUCUGGGGACAUAUAUGUGACAAUGUACGACGAGCAUGAUUAUGACGUAACAGACGACAGUACCCGUGUGUUGGUCCGGUACGACAGUCAGGGGCGCAACAAAACCCAGUGUCAGGUUGAUGGUAAUGGUAGAAACAUCUUUGUUGUACCAUGUAAAGUCUGUGUGAACAGAAGUGGCACCCAAAUAGCGGUUAUUAACCACGUAAAUGAAAGACGCAGUGAACUAGUUGUACUUGACAAGUACCUAUCUCCUAUAUUGAUUUAUACAGGACCCAGCGUGUUGACCGGGGACGCCCUAGCAGGGUAUGUUCUCUCUUGUGUUGUAUUUGAUACAAGAGACAAUAUUUGGAUAGCUGAAUGUUACAGCAAAACUGUGAAGUUACUGAGUCCAACCUGUGAGCCACUUCAGGUUCUGCUGACCAUGGAAACUUCACCAUGGUCCUUGUCCUUGCACGGGGAUGAGGUUUGGGUCGGAGAUGGCUAGGGAAAAGUACAGAUCUUAAGGUAUUCUUACUAAGAUAAUUCCUCGAUGACUUCCGUGGGAAUCUCCGUCCCAAUAUUGAUUAUUAUGGACUGACGACAGUAUCGGAAAAAGCGAUACCAAAUACAAUAUUGAAAUAUGGUCAUACAGGUGAUUAGGUGUAUGGAAAGGAGAUGAGAGAUAUUUGGUGAAUUGGAAAAGAGAGGCCAGAUACAAAACAUAUAGUAAUUGGGUGCCCGCGGAAGGUAUCCAGAUUAUUGAGUGCGUGAGAAAUGGUAUGCAGAAGAAGACAACAUGAGAUCAUAUAUCCAGUGGACAGAUCACUUGGUUUAUCGAGAUGGCCAGUGUUCGAUUCGCUCACCGACGUGAAAAGUAAAAGGGUAACCUGCCCGAUCACGUGGGGUUUCCGGCUUCUUCCUCACCACGACCCUCAGCACGCUAUCCUCCGGGCCAGCAACAUGUAUAUGGGGAGUGUUGGGGAGGGUUAUUGAAUAUAAUAUGCAGUCGAGGAUGACCGCAAAAUUAAGACUGUUUUGAGAAUGUCAACAUAUACAGUGUGUGAAAUGUGGGAGAUUUAGAAUAUUUUUGCUGAUUUUUUUAGUACAUAAUUAAGCACUGAUAUGGAACUGACGAACUUUUUAAGUUCUGAAUGAGAGCCCGCAGAAGUUCACAUGGCCCUGAAUAACGAUGGCUAGCCAUUUAAUAGUUGAUUUAUCGAUCGAAUUUUACCAGAAUUCAUUAACGAUUCUAAAAUAUCAGAUAAGAAAAUCCUGCACAAUGACAUAAUCUGGAAACAUUGAAUUAGGCUUAAUGUAUGUUUUUAACACAAUUGAGAGAUGGGAAUAUGUUUUCUAUGUAAAUAUCUAUAUGGAAUUGUAUAACGAGGCAAUGUAGUGUGAUAUCGUACUUUGAAUGAAAGUUUAACUGGUUUCAUUAAAUAGGCUCAUUGCAAACAAUAGCCUUACAUCUGACUUUUGCAAUAAAUAUUGUCAAUUUGAUCAACAUUUGGCCACAAAGAAAGAUAAUAUAAUGAACAGACAGUAUCAAUGUCUACAUAGCCUGCAAAUUUGUUUUUUUAAACAACCAGUCAAGACUUUGGGAUUAAUGAAUUAUUCAUAGUAAGGUUACUCAAAUUUGAUUUUUAUUUUAAUCUCGAAUGUGAAUUAACUUACCUUCCUUCCUCAUCAGUGAUAAGAUGAACUGCUUCAGCUAUUGUGUAGUCACUGGUAAAAAGUAUUAGGGUAUUAUUAGGGUAUAAAAUGUAGGUUCUA